AUGGUAGCUCUGGUGCAGAGUGGUGGGCCCCUCCUGAAGGCCCACAUCGCCCUUCAGAGAGCUGGAUCCACACAGAGCACACAGUUCGUCCGCUGCGAGGGGCGAGGAGGUGGACAGGGUGCCAGUACCCACCCGUUUGUUUGUGGAGUCCUGAAGCAGUCCAGUGUUCAGUUUGGCCUACGGCCCAAACUCAGACGUACACCCAGGCACCUAACAGCCAGACCCCUCCAGGAUCGUAAGCUGUCCAAGACAGAGCGUCAGCGCUUCAAGGAGGAGGCGGGGAUGCUGAAGGGGCUGCAGCACCCCAACAUCGUGCGCUUCUACGACUCCUGGGAGUCCCCCUCCAAGGGCAAGAGCGCCUCCAAGUGCAUCGUACUGGUCACCGAGCUCAUGACCUCAGGAACACUGAAAACGUACCUGAAGAGGUUCAAGGUGAUGAAGAUCAAGGUUCUGAGGAGCUGGUGUCGUCAGAUCCUGAAGGGUCUCCACUUCCUGCACACCAGGGCCCCGCCCAUCAUCCACCGCGACCUCAAGUGCGACAACAUCUUCAUCACCGGCCCCACCGGCUCCGUCAAGAUUGGAGACCUGGGAUUGGCCACGCUCAAGAGGGCCUCCUUCGCCAAGAGUGUCAUAGGUACUCCAGAGUUCAUGGCUCCAGAGAUGUACGAGGAGAAGUAUGAUGAGUCGGUGGACGUGUAUGCGUUUGGGAUGUGCAUGUUGGAGAUGGCCACGUCAGAGUACCCCUACUCUGAAUGUCAGAACGCCGCCCAGAUCUACCGCAGGGUCACCAGCGGGGUGAAGCCCGCCAGCUUUGACAAAGUAGCCAUACCAGAAGUGAAGGAGAUCAUCGAAGGGUGUAUCCGUCAGAAUAAGGACGAAAGGUAUGCCAUUAAGAUCCUGCUGAACCAUGCGUUCUUCCAGGAGGAGACGGGUGUGCGUGUGGAGCUGGCCGAGGAGGACGACGGGGAGAUGAUCGCCAUCAAGCUCUGGCUCAGGAUAGAAGACGUCAAGAAGCUCAAGGGCAAGUACAAGGACAACGAAGCCAUCGAGUUCUCCUUCGACCUCAACAAAGAUGUCCCCGAAGAUGUUGCCCAGGAAAUGGUCGAGUCUGGCUACGUGUGCGAGGGAGACCACAAGACCAUGGCUAAGGCCAUCAAAGACCGCGUGUCUCUGAUCUGCCGCAAGAGAGAGCAGAGGCAGCUUGUGAGAGAAGAGCAGGAGAAACGGAGGCUGGAACAACAGCAGGCCGAGGCCCUGAAGUCUCCCCAGAGUCAGCCCCUCGCCCCUGGGCAGCUCCAGACCCAGCCCAGCCUGGGAGAACCAGAGGACACUGAGGUGCAACAACACCAGCCGCUCUUCCAUCAGGCCAACAUCUCCAUGACAUCUGACGGCGUGUUGGACAGUGGUCAGGGUUCCUCUGUGUUGUCUGACUCCCACCUGGGUCAGCUGAGCAUGUCGUACAGCCACUCCCCCACCCAGCCACCCCCCCAGGCCCAGGCCCAGGCCCCCUACCCUCCCCCCUCCUCCCAGCAGCACGUAGCCUACCAGCAGCAGGCCCUGCUCCUCCUCCACCUCCUCUUUCUCAUCCUCUCCUCAUCCUCUCCUCUUCCUCCUCUCCUCCUCCUCCUCCUACAGCAUCUUCCCCAUCGUCGUCGCAGUCGUAGCAUGUCCGUUUGCGUCCCUUCCUACUCCUCCGUCCCCCCUCUCCUGAUGGCCCCUCCCAAGCCUCUCUCCACCCCUCCUCCAGGCCUGUCCUCCGCCCUCCUGUCCCCGCUCCGGGGCCCCUCUGACAGGGACACGUUCGCAGUCCGCCUCUCUCAGGCCCUGGAGAGUGUCUUGCCCCUGCACUCCACCCCCCCCAGGCAGCGUCAGCGCCGAGCAAGCCUCCCUGCUCUGUUUCACAGCCCUCAGCAGCAGCAGCAGCAGUCUCUGCCUCACCCAUACAGCACCGGAGGAGGAGGGGGAGGGGGAGGAGGGGGAGGAGGGGGAGGGCCCCCAGCAGGACUCCCGGACCCCCCUCUCUUCUUCUCCAUCCCGGAGCGACCUAUCUCCUUCUCUCCUCCGCCCUCCUGCCCUCCCAAGGCAGCCUACAACAACCAGCGCCGUAAAAGUACGUCCAUCCUGGAGGCUCACACGCGACACUUCCAGCCGGCGUACCCCCGCUACGCCAGCAGCCUGCACCCCUUUUCAGGCCUGGAGGUGGACCCCUCCUCUCUCUACAUGAUGCCCGGCUACGCCUCCCAGCGCCUGGGCGAGCCCCUGCACCUUCCCGGCCAGUCGGACCCUCUGUAUGGGUACAAGGACGUGCGGGCGGAGCAGGAGGAGGUGGUGAGGAGACGGAGCUUAAAUCAAGCGGCCCUCCUGGACCACUUUGAGGCGCUGGCGUACGGGGGCUACCCUAUGACGGCCCACCAGCUCAACCAGAUCAGCUUCCACCAACAGAUGCAGGCCGCUGCUGCUGCCGCCUCCCUGGGCUACGACCCCCCGCAGGGCCCCCCGUCAUACCUCCACCCCCACAUGCAGAGCCACCUGCGGCUCAGCCACAGCCCCGUUCCCCAGCUGCCCCCCAUGAACGCCCCCUCGGGCCUCCCUUCCUCUGCGUCCGACCCCAGCUGCUACCAGCAGCAGCAGCGGCACCCCUCCUUCCCCCUCUCCGCCCCUCCCGUCAUGGACCCUCCUACCCCGGGGAGCGUGUUCGAGUUCCAGUUCCAGAACCUGGCAGACCCAGCCCUCAUGGCCAGCGCCAGGCUGUACCGACCUCGCCGCGGAUCCAUGGACCUCCCCCUGGACGACGGAGGCGCCGGCGGGGGGUCGGGCUCCGGCUCUGGCACCUUUACCCGCCUGCAGCCGGUAACGGAGGAGCUGUGUAGCUACGUGAGCCCCGAGCUCCCUCUGCCCCCUGGGAGCCUCUUGCUGCACGGAGUCCCCCCCAGGGACCGCAGCCCCGAACCCUCCAGCGACUCCCUGGAGUCCCCCCCUCCCCCACAGCCACCCCCGCACCAGGGAGACUCGUCGGCCGCCCAGUCCAUCCCCCACUCCUCCUACUAUGGCUCGGAGCCUGGGGGAGGCGUCAGCAGCGAGGCCCAGGGGCAUCCCCCCAGCCAGCAGACCUUCCUGUUCGUGCCGCCCUCCCCCGCGGAGCACCCUGGGGGAACGGCCACUCACCUCAGCCUCCUCCAGUCCGCCUGGGCCAGGAGGGCCAGUCUCCACGCUGAGCUGGCCUACACGGAGCCCGGGCUGGUAUACGGCGAUGUCGGGCAGGGCUACCACGACGCCUGCCUGGCCUACCACGAUGCUGGGCUAGGCUACCCGGAGUCUGGCUUGGUCAUGCAAGGGCCUCUCACACUGGUUCAGGCUCCAAGCCCACAGCCUAGCUCUGCUCACAUGCCCCCCCCCUCCCAGCCGCCCCCCUCCCAGCUGCCCACGGGGCUCACACAGCAGUAUGGAGGUUACUACAUCACAGCGCUCCCCUCGCAGGCGCUUCUCCAGGCCUCGCUUCCCCCCUCCAGCCAGCCGCUGGUCUCUCUGCAGCAGACAGGGGGCAGCACUGUCCAGAGCCUCUCUCAGAGCACACUGCAUGCCAGCCAGACACCACAGACAAGCCUGCCUGCCUCCCAGCCUUUGGACCAGUCCCAGUUACAGCUACCGCAAGUGCCCUUGUGUAUCGAGAGUGGUCAUUCGGACGUGGCGUCUGGUCUGAGCGAUGGAAACGAGGGCAAGGAUGGUCGGCAGGACGGCCGCUCGGUCAAGCGGCACCAGCGGAGGUCCGUCCGAAGUCGUUCUGGCCACGAGAAAAUCACCAAAGCCAAACUCCUCGUUCUCAAUAUUUCCAACAUGGGAGACAGAGUAGCCGAGUGUCAGCUGGAAACUCACAACAGGAAGAUGGUGACCUUUAAGUUCGACCUGGACGGAGACAACCCUGAAGAGAUAGCACAGAUCAUGGUGCAGAGUGAGUUCAUCCUGGAGAGCGAGAGAGAUUCCUUCAUCGAGCAGGUCCGUGAGGUCAUCGUAACCGCAGACGACAAGGGCCUGGAGAGGGAGGGCAGGAGCCAGUUGAUGCGUGACCUGGAGCAGCAGGCUCCGACGUCUUUGUCAACCUUGCAGGGCGUGCAGCCCAGCUCCUCAGCCCAGGUGGUGACGUCUGCAGGUCGCAGGUUCAUCGUCAGCCCUGUGCCAGAGUCCAGACUGAGGGAGCAGGGCUUUCCCCUUUUCACGCUCACACACACCACCACCCCCUCCGCAGCCUCAGCGGUGGCUCUGUCUCAGUCGGCCUCGGCGGUGUCUCUCCAGCAGGCCUUCUCAGAGCUCCGUCAGAACCAGUACAACCCCGGACCCAGCACCGCCCCGGCCUCCGUACACUCCUCCCUGCCCCCUUUCCCCUCUCAGCCCCAGUUCCCCUCCCAGCCCCAGCCCAACAACGACCAAUCCUCUCCUCCUGUGUCCCAGGCCCAGCCAGCAGAACCCACACCCCCUACUUCCUCCCCCACCACCACCUUGCCCUCUGUCUGCAUCACCCCCCCAGCCUCCACCUCCUCCCCCCCCUCCACCAUCUACCAGACCCCAGCUACACAGGCACCUGUUCCUGCCCAGCCAGACCCCCAGCCUCAACCCCAGCCUCAACCCCAGCCCCAGGUCCCCCAGUCUCAGCCAGUCUCUCAGCCUGUCUCCAAUGUUCCGGCCCCAACAUCCCUGACCUCUCCUCCGGUCCUGACUGCCCUGCCCCCGUCCACCUCCACCCCUCUGCUGAGCAGCUGUGGGAGUGCCAGUGGAGGGAGCUCUGAAGUGACCUCCAUCCCUACCUCCAUCCCUACCCCCAUCCCUACCUCCAUCCUUACCCCCAUCCCUACCUCCAUCCCUACCUCCACUACCCUCCCCCACCUCGCCUCCAUCCCUGCCUCCACCACCUCCAUCCCUACCUCCACCACCCUCCCCCACAUCACCCCUACCCACCCCACCCCAGUCCCCACCACCGACCCGGGCCUGGCCCCUCCCACAUCUUCCUCCGGCUCCUCCUCCUCUGGCUCCUCCUCUUCCUGUGGCCUGCACUCCUCCUCCGUCCCAGCAUUGCAGCCCACCCAGGCCUCCACCCAGGCCUCCACCCAGGCCCAGGCCUCAACCCAGGCCCAGGCCUCAACCCAGGCCCAGGCCUCAACCCAGGCCCAGGCCUCCACCCAGGCCCAGGCCUCCACCCAGGCCUCCACCCAGGCCGGCCAGAUGCUCGCUCAGUGUGGGGAGUGUGAGGCGGAGGCCCAGGUCAAGGUGGACGAUAUUCAGGCCCUGGACAAGAAGCUGCGUUCUCUCUUCAUGGACCUUGGGGGGGGCUCGUCCCAAACCGACCCCUCCACCGACCCCUCCAUCCCCCCCUCGCUCCCCGGCACCUCCACCCCUCCUGCGGCCUGCUCCACCCCCAGCUCCUCCGCAGGCACCCCUCUGCCCCCCUCUAGCCUGCCUCUGGGCUCUGGAGGCCAGACCCCCGGGUCCCCCCUCACGUCCCAGGGCCAGACUGGCACCUCGGCCUCCUUCAGCCAAACCACUCCGGGCAAAACGCCCCUGUCCAGGACCACGGUGUUGCCAGUGGCCUCAGAGCAGGCUGUCUCUCCUCCCUCAGAGCAGCUGUCACCCUUCCCUGGACCCUGUCCCACUCAGUCCCAGCAGCCCCUGGAGGACCUGGAUGCCCAGCUGAGGAGAGCCCUGAGCCCAGAGACAGUGCCGGUGAGCGGCAUCACCACCCAGUCAUCGCUGACAGGCAUGCCCGCUGGAGGACAACCAGUUCCCUUCUCUCUAGAAGGAGAGAUGGUGACGUCGCCCCCUGCUGGUGCUGUUAAAACACUGGGCCGCUUCCAGGUGUCUGUGACUACCGACGAGGCCACCAUCCAUGCUCGUCCCUGCUCCUCCUCCUCCUCUGCCCUCUCAAGCCCAGAGAGCACCCUGCACAAGGUCUCCUCCACCCUGAGGGGGAGGGUGGGAGACACGGUGGACGGGCCUCCUCAUCAGGCCUCCAGACACGCCCCCGGCCCCGCCUCCCCGCAGCCCACCACCAUUGGACGUUUUCAGGUGACCACCAACACCGAGGCCCGGGUCGGACGCUUCUCCGUCAGUCGUGCCCAGGAUGAGGCUGUGGAGCUGGGCUUGGGGCAGACACCCGCUGCCCAGGUUAAUGGGCCUAGCUCCCCUUGUGGCAGCCCUGAACUGAGGGCCUCACUGCCCAGCCUCAACAACUCCUACAACUCCUACAUCAGCAGCGACAACGACUCUGAGUUUGAAGACGAGGACUUCAGGAGAGAAAUCAGCCACUUAAGAGAAAAGCACAUGAAGGAGAUCCAGCUGCUCCACUCCAAGCAGAAGGGGGAGAUCGACAGCUUGUUCGCCAAGCUGGGCAAGGUUCCCCCUGCUGCUAUAGUGCCCCCGGUGGUGACACUGUGUGGGCGCAGGAGACGCCCCACCAAAAGCAAGAGCAGCAAGUCCAGCCGUGUGAGCUCUACCCAGGGCAGCAGGAGCCCCCUGCAGCCAGGAAGCACUUUAUCAGCCCAGAGCGUGCCCUCGGUGUUCCCCCCCCAGCAGGGCCUACAAGCCCCAGGGUACGGGGGGCCCGGGGGGCCCAGGGGGGCGGGGGGGCUGGCCAACUCAGGGGGAAACCCCCUGCUGCUGCCCCUCAAGCCCUCCCCCUCCGGCGAGAACCUCUACUCGGCCUACACCAGCGAGGCAGCACUGUCUGUGCCCAGCCUGUGUGCUCCCACCCCAGGCUGUGUAAAGUUCAGCUGUGGUGUGGAGAGCGUGAGCUUCAAGCCGGGGGGCAGGAGGACGCGCUUUCUGAGGAAGAUGGUGAAAAAAGUCUGCCCCUGCAACCAGCUCUGUAGGACUAGCAGCACCAAUGUGGUGAGCGGGCCGGGCCAGGGGUCCAGUCAGAACCACGGGCUGCCCUCCGGAACCAGCCUCCAGGGCCAGGCCAGCGGACCCACCCAGGCCCAGCUCCCCAGCGCUGCCCACCAGGGCCGCAAAGGCACCUUCACUGACGACCUGCACAAGCUGGUGGACAACUGGGCCCGUGACGCCAUCAGCCUGUCUCAGGGCAAGAGGAGCUCCAGACAGCAGCAGCCCCCCUCGCAAGGUCACAGCUACGAGGUGAUCCAGUCAGCCAACGCAGGCAGGAAGUUCUCCGCUCCCGCUCAGCUGAGCCCCAGCCAGGGCGGCUCGUCUCACCUGGGCAGUGCCCCCGCUACCGCUCUGACCGCCCGCAAGGGCUCCCUCUGCCCCCCCGCCGCCCAGCCCCAGUACGCCUACCCCCCCUCCGCACCUUACAGCGCACAGUGGGCCGCCCCGUCCCACCCCCAGGCCGGCCUGCUGGCCUCCUCCCAGCCCCUGGGGCCCCUGGGGCCCUACCCCGCCUCCGGGAGCUCCACAGGGCCCGGACAGCCGGCCCUGCAGGCCUUCCACAUUAGCACUUUGCAGAAGCCCGUCAGCAACCCUGGGGGGCCAAACCUGAGGACCACGUAGGGCUGGGCCUGAGGACCUGGUCUGGGGGGGGCUGGGUUCCUGGUCUGGGGGGGCUGGGGGCCCGGGGGACAAGAUCUGGAGGACUGGGGGGGGUCUGGUCUGGCUCUAGGAUCCCGACCCUGAACUGUCACUGGGACUUGGAACAGAGGCUGAAACUGAUACAGACUUGGAGAAUGAGACAAAGAGAAGGAGGGGGCAUGGUUGGAUAGAGGGCUUUAUGAGUGAGCAUGUCACCUGACCCUAACCUACAGCAGUGACAUGACGAGGAACAGGAGGAGACGGUACAGCGGGAUGAAUGCUCUAGAAAACCAAAUGGACGAGGGGUGCAAUCUCACGUGGCCAAAGAGGGUGUGCUUGUUAUGAUAGCCCAGGUUCUGGGUGGUAGCGGGGCAGUCCUAAAGGGGGAGGAGCCCUACAGCCCUAAAAGGGGAGGAGCCCUACAGCCCUAAAGGGGGAGUAGCCCUACAGCCCUAAAGGGGGAGUAGCCCUACAGGGGGAGUAGCCCUGGGCUGGGCUGCAGCUAGCUGACCUAAGAAGAAAUAGAAGAUGUCCCUUUUAUCUCCCCACCUCCCCUCUCCUCACCCCCCCACCACCCUUAACCCCUCCUCCUCCCCCACAUCUAGCAACCUAGCUGAGCUAUCACCUCCAGCCAACAUCCCCUAUGCUGCCCAUUCGUCACAGUACUAGAUCCAGGUUAGAGUACUAAAGGACUGGACCUGCUGUGACUGUAGCUCUCUAGCUUUAUGUCCAGUAGUAGGGUUGAUGUUCCACCCACACUGGCAUACCACCUAGAAACAAGCAAUGUUCGGGCUGUGCCCCAUCCAUUAAUAUGUGCUUUUGGAUUGGUGUCUCCCUAGUAACCCUGCAACCCCCCCCCCCCCUUCCCCCCCUGCCGUUUGAUGCAAUAAUGACCUGAGGGGUAGGACCUUAAAACCAACUUAGUUGUGAAAGUGAACCAAUACCAGUGGCCUUCAACAGAGUGAAACCCAUGUACAGAAUGUCUGUUCUUCUUUUUUAGAAUGUUGGUUAUGAUUCCAUUUGUGUUGUUCUUGUUUAUUUGGUUGCGUUUGUUUUUUGUUUUUUUUGUCCUCACUGCCCCCCGCCCCCCUUCUCGCAGGCCUUCUUGCAGUAGAGUUGAGAGGUUUGCUGUGACAGGCUUCCACCUUCAAGACUCCUCCUCUUAUCCUCUCUCUCCUAGACUAGGACUACAAGUCACUCCAAAGAACUACAUAUCCCUAGUGUCAUCAUAGCCUCUCCUUCUCCAAAAGUUCAGAGCAAACUCCCAAUAUUCCACAACCCCUCUUUGAUGCGAGAGAGAUAGAUAUACAUGCAGGAGGAGAGAUGAUAGAGGGAUGGAGGCGUAGAACGGUAGAAAGAGAGAAAUUAGGAAAGAGUGAGAGAUUAAAUAAAGUUGAUGGUUUUCAGAAGGCGACCAGGGGAAGACCAGGGCUAGGUGAUGGACCAGGGGUUAGUGAUGGAACAAGGGGGCCGGUCUGCUCUGCGUGGCCCAGUGAGGGGGAGAGGAUUAGAGGGGUCUAUAAGGUGGGCCAACAGCUUUCCUGUCUCUCUUUACACGCGCACAAACACACACACACACACACGCUUUUCUGGAGAGCCUAGAACCUGUAACAAAGGCUUUAAACCGACCUAGUAGGCUGACUAAUGUAAGAGCUUCUAUAUUCAUGUCAGCAUUAGGACAGGGGCUGUUCCUGGGAUUAUGUGUACAUUAUUAUUAUUAUUGUUGUUCUUAUUAUAAUUAUUAUUCUAUUUAAGAGACAAAGAUGUAUUCUGUUAUGGACCUGUACUUACCCAUCAGUUUUGAUGUUGAAACACUGUGAUUACUAUAAAUGUUGUUGGACAACAUUAGAAAACAAGAGAAGGAGGAUGAGUAAGUGCUGUGGUGUCAGGGCUGUUGGUAGUAAGGCUAGCUAUUUCCAUACAUAGUACUUAGAUACAGAAACACUUUACCUUGUUGUCCCUUUCUACUCUUUAUAUUAGAUAAAUGUGAAUGUUUAAAAACAACAAAAAAUGACGU